CCAAGGCCGAUUCGGAGCCAGGGCCAUCGGGUACGGGGGCACGGACUCGGCUAGGGAGGAGGCGGACCGCCCCUACUGUACCAAUUACCACUGGUAUUGACAUCCAAUACCAGUUUUUAUGGCCCGUGCACCUCUCUUUUUCUAUCCCUUGCUUCUGGGUUGCAAUACAAAAUACUCGGUCCGUGCACCCUGUUGACUUUACAAAAUUACUAGGAUGUAAAUGUUGGUUAUCCGUAACCGCAAAUAGGAAGCAUCUUUUAGGUUAUAAAGGGUGUAGCGGUAAACUUUAUUAUAAUAACUCUCAUUUGAAAACCCAGUCCUUUUGACCCCUUUUCUGACUGUUUUCAUUAGGUUUAAAAACCCAUCCUGGUAUCCAUUCGUGCAAUCAGUAUGGCAAUUUCUUGGCCGUUUUGUUAUCCGAAUAGCGGUGCUAGUGAAACACCAAAUCCAGAAAACAUGAUGGCCGAUGAUGCAGUGCUCUCACGGCUGAGGCUGUCUGCCGACCCUCAAGCUCAGGUACUUAUUUGCUGCCAUGACUUAUGUCGUUUUGCCCUUGCGCCUAGUCCGACUCAAGUCAGCGAGCAUCUCCGAAGGAAGCAUAAUGUGACUGCGACCGAGCGCCGCCAGGUCAUAAAUGUUUUGGAAGCUCGCGUUCGUAAAUUGAAAGAUCCAUCUGACGCCCCUAUCAGAGAAGACGGCUCAUCUUGCGAUCCGAACCUGAUACUUGUUCGUGGAUUUACGUGCAAGUUCUGUAUGAAACGCACGGGCAGCUCUCAAACAAUUUCUCGACAUAUAGCCUCGAAGCAUGACGGGGAAAAGCUUCGGUUAGGAGUUUCAAGAAAGGCCAUGUACGAACCUGCGUUCCUGCAAGCGUGGACCAAAAACCCCCCAGGGGGACGUUACUGGAUUGUCGAGCAUGCUGGUUCCACAGUUAGACCAGUCGGUGGCAAGGAAGCCCACGAUCAUCUCAAGGAUAUCUUGGAGCGAGAGCGUGGCAGGCAAAGACUGUUAAAAGAAAUCAACAUGGCAGAUGGGACUGGCAUGGGUAGGAACACGCAGAGCACAAGAUUCACAGAUCUCAAGCCCUGGCUAGAGCGAACCGGCUGGGAGCAAACCUUUCAGGGAGUUGAUCGGGAAUUGCUCAAAAACUUAACCGCUGUUCCCUCUCUUGCAACUUUACGUCAAGGUCUGGUAUUGAAAUCGAACAGGAACCUGCCUGUUAAUCCCCAUUCCGACGAGCAAACAACAAGUUCUGCAGACGAUGAAAGGAGAAUAGCCGCUCUAAUGUCUGCCGUGGACGCCGUGAUGGAUCGCUGCGAGCAGACUGCACGGACUACAAGCAGGAGCCUAUUAUGCUGGCUACGUAGUGUACGCCCCCAUGCCUGCUACGUUAAGCCUUUUACCUUCGUAGGGAAGGCUGCUAGUAGGAAGAAGUAUAUUAGGCUCCUCAAAAGGUUUAUUGCUAUGAUCUUUCGCGCCUACAACCUGUCCGCUGACGUUCGGCGGCGCCGAGCAGGCAUACGAUUGAAAAAAGCCCAGAUUCGUCAAAUAUUGGCAAUUUGGAACCAUGAGAUCUGGAAACAGCCCGAUGCUUUGGCUGAGGCACUUUGGCAAUCGACCAAUUGCCCUGCUGCGGUGGACGCUGAAGAUGACCUGGAUGAAGAGAGUAUCGAUGAGGAAGGACACUCUGAAGACAACGCCUCAAGCGGGUAUGAGAGUAGUGUCCCGACAGAGUCUGAGGACUCUGAAGACGAUUUUAUGAAUGAUGGAGAAAGAGAAUAUGAAGACGAUGAAGCACUCGAGCGAGACCAGAUUGAGAAUCAAAAUGGAGAGAGCUGUGCGAUAGGAGGACAAAACCGGAAAACGCCGCCGUUGAUCAAAAAUGUGUUAGAACUACUAUUUGGACUGAUCAUGGAGUUCAGUACUGAAGAAGUCGUAGAUGGUGGUCCUGUUUCCACUCUAUUGGUGUAUUUCAGUGGGAUCCUUGGAUUCUCGGCCGAUCUCAAAGGCUUCCUUCCGGCCAGGUCGUACACCUCCAACCUUGCGGCACUGAUAUAUGUUCAGCGCCUUCUAUUCCUCGAGUAUGCCCUACGUGUACGAGGAUAUCCUAGUAACUAAUGACUAAAUCAACUCUAGUAGAGUUGAUUUUAUUGACCCACUUUAAACCUAGUAGGGUUGAUUAUUGCCAGGGUGUAGAGUUGAUUUUAUAUUAUUCCACAUACAGG